AUGCAGGUACACGUUGGCCGCAAUCAUGCCGGCUACGCAUUCAUCCUUCUGCUGCAGUCGGGCGCACUGCUUCUCCUCUCUGACCAGGCUCGGCAAAUUAUCAGGUUCCCCGAAGUCUAUCGAGAUGCGCUCGGCCAGCCGGAUGUCGACCUGAUGUAUGACCCAGUCCUUUGUGCACUUACUUAAAGUACCUUAUGUACCUUGCUCUAGGAUAAGUGCUAUUGGGUAGGCAGUUGGGACAACUAAGCUGACAUAGUAGUCACAGCAGGUAUUUCGGGAAUUGUAUCAACCAAAUGAGAGCGUCUGCAGUUUUACUUUUAUUACCAGAAAUGAAAGACUGGGAGUAACGGGAUCCGACCCCAGUGAGAAGCCGCCUUGGGAUACCCAACACCCCUAAAACUGUGUAAUUAUUGACCGUACUAACAACACAGGUAUUAGCUGAAAGCCCAGGCACGCGUGUUCCGCCGAUCUUAUGCCGCUGUCUGACGCAGCUGCGAGUGGUUCGGCUCAUCAGUGAGUCCCCCAGCUUUUCUGGUAUAUGAACUCCAGUUUCAACUUGUCCUGUUUAAUUUCGGAGGAAAUUAAUGCGCGAGCUUGGAGUUAAUCUUUUGGAACAGACCUUUUCAGGCACGGUCCGAAAUUUGAUAUGAAUAUUUGAGCUGAAAUCCAUCAGUUACCGCGGAAUAGCCGCGCAAUAUUCACAAACCGCCAACAGGCAGCCGUUAGUAUAGAAUUGUGUAAUUAUUUACCGUACUAACAACACAGGUAUUAGCUAAAAGCCUUAGAACGUCUCUUGGAAACGACGAGCACAGCAUUCUGUAGGUGCAAUGCGUACCUGCGUAUGAUAGAGGCCUGCCUAUCUCAGUCCGUCACUCUCUCUCUCUAUCUCUCUCUCUCGCUCUCUUAACGCACCACGUUUGGGUGACGGGAAAAUAUGGCAAGACCACCAGAGAUGACUGUGAUCGCGGUAUUUUAAGAGACUAAACUCAUAUCUACUCGUGCCGCACGCGUGUCGGUCUCAUCACACACGAAAUUAUCUGGAUCUCUCAUUGAAAGAGGCUGUUAUAAAGCCAACACUUAUAAGAGGCCACUAGCACAGUGAACUAAUGUAUAACGUCAAUUGGCAGCCUUCACCACUACGACCGUUACUGCCGCAUGAAAGUUUUGAAUUGCGUCUGCCCGUUUGUGCUGACUACCUUAAGCGUUAGGUAGGCCUCACCCUCCUCCCUCUUUUCCUCUCUCUCUCUCUCUCUCAUGCUCCAAGCAGCCCGGAGAGUAUAUGCGAUGGGACGCAGCUGGGCUAACAUGGCUUCAUGUCCCCGUCUGGUGCCCGCUGUACGCAAGCAUCGGCACAUACGACGCGCUGCCAGCCAUGAAGGAGUUGACAGACGUCAUUGCAUGAUUGUCGUAUGAGUGAUGAGUGUUCAUUCAGCGCUUGUCGUAAAAACAUGUGUAACCAAGUAGGUGCACACAAUAACGAACUGUGGUGGCGCAGUAUAAUCAGGUUGAGACGGACCUAGUCAGUGGCUGUUGCGGUUGCAGCCAAUGGGCCUCCAGUUGUUCCAGGAUGGUUCUGAAGAUGUCUGAUGAGACGAAUGCGUGAACAAGGUGUGUGGUUAUUAGGAGGGACCAACCUUCAAUAAUACGGAACAAUUGGCGACGUUCCCGUUGUUUCCAUUGUCUCCUUAUGGCGACGUCUCCUGUCCCUUUGCAAUUAUUCACUUUACGCCCCCUGAUAGAGGGCUCCCUUUUACUUGGGAGUCGUCAGUCAUCCUCACUAGGUAGCCACUCCGUCGAAUUUGAAUGUGCUCCAGUACAGCUCGUUCAUGCGCAUUAGAUAGAAAUGUCAACGGGCGAACCGGUUACGACAAGAUCUUAUUUCGUAGCCGUACCUGUUAGGGGUCGGGGUAAGGGGCAAGAGGUUAAGGUUGGGUGUUAGGGGUUAGGUUGGGCCUUAUCUGCUGCAGGUACGGCUAAAAACCAAAUUCAAUCGAGCUUGCUUUGUAAGAGCUCACCUCGCCAAUGGGACUAAGUAGUGAGCUUAUGUUUGCCUUCGUAAGCAGAUCGUGUAUAGUGGGCUAUUUUCGUUCCUGCAGACAGUGAUUGAGAGAAUAAUCGGAGGAAUGAGGGAGUAGUGUGUCUAUUUCGAAGGUUGAGCGAUUUCCGGUUUAUUUACUUUGAGCCGUGUUCAAUGUCCCCUUGCGUGACAGAGGUCAGUCUGUUUCGCUGUGAGCUGUCCCAGUAGCGUUGCAUUAUUUACCGUCUGACCGACUGCAACUCCCGCAGAUGCGCGCAUUCAGUCGGUCACGGCCGUGCAGGUCGCACUUGAACAUGCCACUCCCCAGCCACUGCAACACAGCCCACCUGGACGAUACUUUAGAUUGCCCCCACAAACUGCAGCUAGCCCUGCUGUCUCUCGGCUACGACCUAACACCGUCAGCGCACACCCUGACCCCGCCGGUGACCACGGUCGCACAGGAUAAAGACCCGCACACUGCUGCCUUCAGUCUACUCCUGCUAACCGGGCCUGCUGUUCUGAGCACGCUGUCGGCUUAGAUUUCAUAAAACAAAGUGUUGUGAACUGCAUGUCAAAGAGCUACAACGGUUACGCGUAUGGAUCUCAUCAUGGAAGGGUCGCUGCGGCAAGCGUUCUUCCGCCACCAACUUGGCGUGACCGUCCAAUGGCAAGUUAAAUGGCUUCAGCUCCUCCACCUCACUUACAGACUUACAACUACUCUGCACGAUGAGGGUCUUCUGGUGAAUAAUGGUGAAACAGUCAAAGAUAACAGUGGACAAAAGGCGGAAGAAACUACGCAGAAGUCGGCUAAGGAAGAAGGAACUGGUGGAUAGUUAAAAGUGGCUCGUAGAAGCAUAGGAGCGGAGCAUAAGAGACGGAACUUGCUUCCGUUCGGCCUCCCGAGCCAGCAGUCUGACGUACUCGCGAGAGAGACGAAUGAGAGGAGGCACACAGAUUUGCAGCUCGUUCAAAAUGGUUGGUGUAAAUGUCAUCUGGGUCGUAAAACGUCGGUGCAGUUUGGGCGUAUAAGAUCCGACUGGCUACCGGACGAUCUACAUGACAGCACUAGGUGAUGAGGCAUGCCAAGGAGAGGGAGCUUGAGGAACCACUCGCUGGGGAGUUUGUUGGGUAGGGUCCCUUCAUGUCAUCACUUUGGACGCAUUCCUCUGAGGGCAUGAUUAGAAGGUCCUCAGGUCCUAGUGGCUGGCCCAGGUAGGCCAUCAGGCGGAUGAACUCAUAAACCGAUUCGUCUAUAGAGAUGGACGUAGAGCAGAAGAAGACGCAUAACUCAAGCUGUAUCGCAGACAUUUCCAGCUGCUGACACCCUUGUACUGUUCUCUACUAAUCUCAUCCUAUACGGAGAGGGCAAGGACACACUACCAGCUCAGACCACCUCUAUGCGCAUUUAUUCCUUCACCUGCUCCUAUGGGGCAGAAUAUAUUGGUCGCGUUUAUCCAAAAGAAAUAAAGAACAUCUUCCAGCAUGGCUAGGAAAGGGUCAAAUAAGGAACAUCAACAGGUCGAUCCUCGCGCACAUGGUAGACACAGACCACCGUGUAGACGCCAAAGAGGCCUUCAGAGUGAUUUACAAGGUCCCGUAAAGCUAUCCAAAACUGCUUGGGCAGCGCUUGUUGGCUACGGCAGAGGCGGCCGCAAUCAGGUAGGCGGACCGAUCCUAUGCGCACAGAAGAACUUCAUACAGGUCCCACAGUUGCCAUGGGUCAAAGCCACCAAGCUAGCCACCCACAUGUAAUUACCUUUGCCGGGACCCACCUCCUCCCUGGCGCUGACUGGAAUUGUGGUGCUUCACUCUUCCUCUCCCCUCCCCUCUCCAAACUCGAGCUACAGCUUAAUUAUCUACUUGCCCGUAUCUUUUAAUUCAUUACUUCAAUAGCCAUAUAAAUGAAGAGAAUUUAUCGAAAGCAGUCGUAUGCUCUCCAAAUUGCCUUUAGAACAUUAACUGUUAGACUGUGAAUGUCCUGGAACUCAUGAGGACAAAGGAGAACCGAACGGAAAUCAGAUCCGCCGGCGUAACCGACCCUAAUGCUGUUUGCAUUCUGCUCUAAUUUCGCAUCACUUCCCUGUCGAAUGUCUUUAGACAUGAGCCAAAUCGCAAACAAACAUAAUCCUCGGUAAUUUCUUUCGCCUGUUCCAUGAACGAUGAUGCGUAACGUGACCGUAUCUUAAACCCGUGGCUCCGGUCCUCGUUUCAUGUUGAGGAGGAAGAUGAACUGGGAGAAGGUAGUAGCGAUUCUGAAUGUUUUGCAACCUUCCGAAAGCCUGGCUGAUUGGUGCAUCCGGCAUCAACGUUUUCGUCUAUUUCGAUGGUUUCAUACAGGCCAAUAUGCAGGAUUGCGAAUUUCCCAGGUCCUCGAAGCCACUUUCGUUGACAGUUGCCAAUGCCUUGUUAAAUUCCUCCGUUUGUGCUGGUUGCUACAUGACCCCUGUUUUCCCCUCGCUAGUCGUCAGUGGAAGCCAAAGAGAUCCAGGCACUGUCGCUUGUCCGCGUCAACUGUGGUUGCCAGCACACCGCCCUUCCUGGGCAUUAAAAUGCUUUCCUUUCAGCCACCAUUCGCCGCAUAUUUGGACAGCAUGCCGUCUGUUGUGUUUAUUCAACACCGCUCCUCACCGAAGGCUUACACCAGCACAGCUGAUCACACGAGGCCGUCUCAUUAUCCCAUUUGUCAUGGCAAGUGCUUCCCAGAAUGACCGGUUUUCCAUGGUGCGCGGCAUGAUUCCGUUGGAGAAUCGCUUGCUUAAAUAGUUUCGAAACGCCGAACUCAAGCACUCCUUCAUAAUUCGCUAGGAUUGAUUAUAUUGAAGCCCUUUGAGAGGCAGAAAAACUAGUGAGGUGGCUGGGUCUAAUUUUUUGGCACUUUACUUUAAGGCUAAUUUCUGCGAAUACUUCCAUGUUGCAGUUAAACCGUCAAUUUGGCAAACAUAUAUUUUCGUCAAUUCAUCGCCAGGCCUACAGAAAUCGAAAAUGUGAGGCGAUUACAAUGAUUACUAACACUCCUUGUUCCCAUCCCCCCUCAUGAAUAGGUCGACGUGUUAUGGUGAUUGGGACAAGGCGGGAAUGUGAGACAGUCUGUGAGGGAUGUUUCUAAUUCGAGUACGUGGAGUACACAGUGCUGCCAUUAGGGGCUGGGGCGGCGUGCGAUAACCAUCUGGGGUCAGGGUUAGCCACGGAAGACAGAACGCCUGCGUCAACGUCUUCUGAUAACAUCGCCUUGGAUUCGCUAGCCGUAUAGCCAUUGCCUCGGCUGUAACUGGCGUCUGUUAGCCUAGGACUUUGGAAAAGCUUGCUGGCGUCGUGUGGACAAUCUGAAAGGCUUCUAUGGCAUCGGCUCGGUGGUUCGUAUAGACCAGAUGUGCGAGAAUAAAACUCGAAAUCAACGUCACUUUCAUGACUGACGCCGAUCAGCCAAUCCUCUCAAAACAUCAAAAUGUUAUAUUUCAUACAGAUUAUCGCCGACCUGGCGAUUUUUAGGGGUACGUGACGUUGAACUCAUUUGUUCUUGGAGUUUUCAAUAUUUGGUCUACUUAAUGUACUCUUACCCUGGUGCCUACUGUGGGAUGAAGGUUGCGACCUGGUGAUUUUUAGGGGUAGGUGACGGUGAAAUCAUUAGUUUUUCUCGUUUUUCACGCGUCAUUUUUGCCCUGGAUAGGGUUGUCAGUAUCGAAUUAGCGCCCAGAAUUCUUCCAAUGCACAUUCACUGCUCUACACUGACAGUUUUCUUUCUUCAGCGUUUAUGCCCUGUGUAAAUGGUUUUCAUCGAAGAGAUUGCGACGAAUUUCUUCAUUGCUGUCACCGCAUCAGCGCUGAUUUCGUUGACGUUAAGGCCGAAUGACUUCCAAGACGUCCUACUGGUUGUCAACCUGUAGUUUCUGCCGUUUUUCUCUUAACCUCCCCCCCCCCCACGGUUUUCAUUUACCUUGAAUUAAUGUUUCUAUCUUAACUGAGAUUUGGCUCCCAUUCAGUCCAAUCCAGGUUUUCAAUAUUGCGUCUACUUAAUGUACUCUUACCCUGGUGCCUACUGUGGGAUGAAGGUUUCGGUCUCAUAUUUAAGACGACGAGAUAGGCUUCCGACGCCGCAUGUCGGGCUGUUCUGUCACUGCGACCUUCAAUUGCUAAUUACGCGAACGAAGGUGCAUCCACAUUGGGCGAAAGACGAUAUUGACAACAGGAAUACUCUGUUCCAUGCAUGCUGGCAGCAGCACCAGUUGGUUGCUGUUGCAGCUGCAUACGCCAUGAUGGCCAGGCGAUGUGAUCUACGCCUUCUCGUUCAUUGAAGACAGUCAGUAUGGGAACCGGGGGGAGUGCAGUGAGUGACCGAUCUCAUGAAAUGUUGGCCGAAAUUCUGCAAUGCGUUUUCAAUUUGGAAGGAUUAAUUAGGUGGUGUUGUAUUAUUGAUUAUCGUGCGGUAUAAUCUAGCAAUAUUUCGGACUCGCCAGGAUGUCGGCUUGCAGAAACCGCGCACGUCGACCAUAUUUUAUGCUUGAAGACAGACUAUAUUUGGGUUUUGAAAACGUAAUCCAAUUCCCAAAUAAUUCUGAGCCAGAUCAGCCGUCGCAUUAGCGCUUAGCAAUUUCAGCCUACAAAACGCAUGCUUUCGCGUAAUGAAAAUAAGUUAUUCCUCUAUGCCUUUAAAAAGAUACCAUUUAGAGUUCAUUAAAUUUUACAAUGGGUGUGGACUAUGUUAUGCACUUCCUGAGGAGUAUUGGUAAACAUACAGGUACGAUGCUGCAUGAAUGUCUUAAACAUCGUAUAAUUAAAAACUUUUUAAAAACCUAAAUAUACUCCGUCUCCAAGCAUAAAAUAUAAGGUCGAAAGCAGCUUCCGGAAUUAAUUUAAAGGUUUCACAUAUUUGUGCAUCACCACUGGCUGAAGAGUAUGGGCGAUUGUAGAUACAGCCAAUAAUUGUCUUUCUUUGCGACAAGAGAAUAAUCGAUGCAAAUUGGAAAUUUCCCGUGAAUGAGGAGGCAUUUAAGUAAUAGGGGGAGUGCGUUAGGAAGAAUUUAAAAUAAAGAAUACAACCGCCCCCCCCCCCGCCUAGUCGUUCGGUCUUGACGGUAGAUAUCAAAAUCAACUAUAUAAAGAGAAUGAUCGGGAAUUAGAGAAUGGGCCCAAGAUUAUAUUAUACGUGUAAUAUUAGGCGUCAUUUCGAGAACAAUGGCUCUGAUUUGGGCCAUCUUGUUUAUAACACACCUGGCAUUCAGUAAUAUAAUAUCUAAUGUUUCGAACAUCAAGGCCAUUGUCGAUGUUAUUUAGAAAAGAACUUUGGAGGCGGAUACGUAAGCUGUGAAUGAAUGAUGCCUGGAGAGAAAGAAGCAGUCAGUCUAGAGUUAUGGACGUACGGGAAAUCAGCAAGAGAAGGCUGGACAGGAGACCUAAAGAAUGUGGGGAUAUAGUUUUCGAGCACUGAAGUUCCAGGGGAGUUAGAACAGGGAUGGGCAAAAAAUAUGCUUUAUUCCACUCAUUUGAUUGCAAAGCACGCCGACCUUAUAUUUUAUGCUUGAAGACGGAAUAUAUUUAGGUUUUAAAAACGUUUUCCAAUUCUCUAAUAAUUUUAAGCCAGAUCAGCCGUUGCAUUAGCAUUUAGCGAUUACCGUCUACAAGUUUCAUGCUUUUCGCGUAAAGAAAAUAAUUUAUUCCUCUAUGCCUUUAAAAAGAUACCAUUCAGAAUUAAUGAAAUUUUACAAUGGGUGCGGACUAUGCUAUACACUUUAUGAGGACCAUUGCUAAGCAGACAGGCACGAUGCUGUAUGAAUGUACAUUGCACGGUCUUAAGCAUCGUAUAAUUUAAAACUUUUUUAAAACCUAAACAUACUCUGUUCUCAAGCAUAGAAUAUAAGGCCGACGUGAUUUGCCACCGAAUGAGUAAAGCAAAGAAUAUUUUGUACAUUUUUUAACAAAAUAUAUUUGAAUAUAUUUGACCAUCGAAAAUUAAUGCGGAAAAUGCAUGCUGUUUAUUUAGUCAUUUUCUGCCGAGUGUGGUUUCUGCAGGAAAUCGAAAAGAAGUACAUUCAAAAUUCACAGCUUGGCGACUCUGAAAUUGUCUUGGACUUUGCGGUAAGAUAAUAGAUAUCACAAUCGCACCUAAGUAAUCCUUCCAAAUCGAGAACGCAUUUCAAAAUCUCGGACACCGUUUCAUGAGAUCGGUCACUCGGUGUAUGUGCAGGUCUUCAUGUUUUUAGGGCAAUUUAUCACUAGUUUUGGGUGGAUGUAGUCGAACAGAAUUAUGCUGAAGUGGUGCCGGGUUCAGUUCAGUUCAGUUUAUUGAGGGAAAUGUAGGUCUGCACCUUUGAACUCCCUAUUUGUCUAUAAGCAACUGAAAAAUCUCAAAAACUGGAAAAGGUAUCAUGAAGGUAACAAAUAAUGGGAAAAGCGUCAACUCUGUACAGAUAAACAAAAUGUCUCGAGUGCUAGUGCUACGAGCAGUAGUACAGUGGUCGUAUCGAGUGCAGGAAAGAAAAUAAUAUACCCAGGGACAAAAGUUGCAAAGGUGCAUGCCAGUCAGCGUAGGCGAUUGGUUGAAGACAAUAAGAAACUCAAUUUAAAAUGCUACCGAAAUAUGGCGAGUAGUAUCAUAACAACGGGAUUUGUCAUGGUUGCAGAGGUCGGGUGGUAAUUUAGUGGACGCUGCUAUACGAAUCCAACUUCCCCUUAAGGACCUCCGCAGAAGCAGACAUAACGACAUCGGGAGGCAGGGCGUUCCAAGGUUCAAGCACUCUGCUAGAGAAGAAGGACUUUCGUGGGUCCAGUCUGGCCCCGGUCACACGUAGUUUGAAUUUGAUAACCUCUAUGGCUUGUGGUUGUUGUUAACUCGAAGAAGUCCUCGGGUCCGAGACUGCAGUCCUGAUGGCGUAUCAGUCUUGUAUCAGGUCAUCCCGUAACUGCAUGUAACUCAAGAGAAAGAGGUCAAGGUUAGCUAACCGCGUUGCAUAUGAUAGUGAACCUUGUCCUGUCGCAAGAUUUGUUGCACGCCUAUGAACCUUUUCGAGGAUGUUGAGGUCCUUAGCGGUCCAGGGUCUCCAAGCUUGGAUAGCAAAUUCCAAUUGCGGCCGCACAAACGUUCGAAAGACUUUAGCGAAUCAGUCUUCAUCAAAGUCACAGAAAGUCCGCUUGACGAGGUAGAGGACUGACAUUGCGGACUUGGCUAUCUUCGUGUAGAGGAGCGAGGGUUUGAGCGAGGUCGUAAUCCAUACUCCCAAGUCCUUCUGCAAGUCCACUUCUUGCAUCUCCCAAAUGUGGGCGUGCGCAAAAUUCCACGGUGUUGGGGAGGGGGGGAAAGUUACCAUUGGAGUUGUAGUUAUUGCUGGAGUUGGGUUUAGAGCUAGGGUUCGGACUAGGAGGCCAAGGGUUGGCGUUAGGGUUUGGGCCUAACUUGGGACAAUGGAAUCAGUACCUUCCUGGGAUUUAACCCAAGGCCACUUGUACCACGGGGCCAACUGACUACUGCUUUCACCCUUCGCUUAACUGUGACUUUUUACUACGACUACUGCCUUUGCGGGUGCUACUUAUUAGUUGUAAUGACCAUAAUAAAAGUGACGCCGAUACUUGACGACUCCCCCCCCCUCCCAAGGGCUGACCAAUAGAUCUCCGGCAUUCUCUUUUUUCAGACGUGGAACCCCACUUUUUCUGGAUGAAGUCGCCUACUGGAAUUUGACUGGAACCUGGCUGAAGCACGAGGCUGCCCAAUCUAUCCCGAAGUAG